UAAAUAAUUUCAUAUAAAUAUAUAUAUUAAAUUAGCUCCGUAGAGCAUUUGCUAACUUUAUGCGUAAGACUUUUCCCUCAUUGGCCAUUGUAAUCGCUAUAUGUCUCAAUUCGAGGUGGGAAAUAGGAAUAGGUCGCGCGGAGCCUAUUUGAUCUCGUAUAAGAUUAUUCUCGCGUUUAUAGCACUAUUAUUAUUAUAUGAACAAAAUGAAGAGAAGAGGAGGUGUCUUCACGAUACCAAAAAUUGUUAUCGCAAUUCUCCAAGUUAUCUGGGGCAUGCCCUCAGAAUGUUUAUGUGUCGUAAGAUGUCCAAUAAAGAGAGCACCAAUAGAAAUAUCUGAAUUAUUUACAUCAAAGCCAGCUGUCGAUUAUCUGGCAGAGUAUGUCUUACCCACACCGAUUUCAAUUAAAUUUCAUAAACAUGGCGACUUGCACUGCCAGGAGCUCGAUUCGCUGAGUGUGAAAACCUGAAUUAAGCCGAAGUCAGGCUCUGUCUCUGAGUAAAUUGAUAUAUCGUCUAAUAUUUCAAAGUGGUGCAGUCAGUGGCCUCGGACAGCAUUCACUUCUCAGAGUAUUAUGGGGCCAGUCACGAUCAGGUGAAGUUACGCGUCACUGCAGUGACAGUGGAAUAUUAUCAAUUAUUACAGAGUCUACAAUCUCUGACCAUUAAACGAGUUGAGUCAAUUUAUUUCGGGAUACUAUUUCGGGAAGAAAUGGGAAAACCUCAGGAUGGGGGAGCAGAUGAGAGUGCGAGGAAACACCUGGGAGAUAAUCAACUAUUGGAAAUGAGGGAAUCGCAUACCUUGGUUUUUUAUGUUAAUGGGAAAGAGAUCAAUGACAACAACGUCAAUCCUGAAUGGACCCUUCUAUAUUAUCUUCGGAACAAAUUAAAUUUAAUUGGAACAAAGCUGGGGUGCGCAGAAGGUGGUUGUGGAGCGUGUACUGUGAUGCUUUCGAGAUUCGAUCGUCAAAGACGAAAAAUCCUGCAUCUCGCAAUCAACGCCUGCCUGACACCCAUUUGCAGUGUUCAUGGAACAGCGAUAACAACUGUAGAAGGCAUAGGCAGUACCAGGACUACACUUCAUCCCAUUCAAGAGCGCCUGGCCAAGGCCCAUGGAUCCCAAUGCGGCUUCUGUACCCCCGGGAUAAUAAUGUCGAUGUACGCCCUAUUGAGAUCAAAGCCCAAACCGUCGAUGCAGGACCUGGAACUCACGUUCCAGGGGAAUCUCUGUAGGUGCACGGGAUAUCGCCCCAUUAUUGAGGGCAUGAGGACCUUCACUGAAGAGUGGGAGCGAUCUCGAGUGGUUCACCAGACAUCUGAUUCCACCGACUGCGAGAUGGGGCCCUGUGCAAUUGGUGAAGCCUGCUGCAAGCGUGCCUUCACAUCGGAGCCAACAGAAGUCUUCAAUACCAAGGAAUUUCGUCCAUACGAUCCCACCCAGGAAAUCAUUUUCCCACCUCAAUUAAAACUCUCUGAUGAACUGGAUAAAGAGUAUUUGAUAAUCAAAGGGAAUGAAGUUACGUGGUAUCGUCCGACGACUUUACACCAACUCCUCUUCCUCAAGAACCAGUUCCCUAAUGCCAAGAUCAUUGGUGGUAACACCGAAGUCGGUGUGGAAGUUAAAUUCAAGCACUGCAAGUACCCAAUUCUGAUCCACACUAGACAAAUUUCCGAGCUGGGAAGUAUCCUCGUUCAAGACUCUCUAACGAUUGGUGCGAGUGUGACUCUGAUGGAGUUGGAAGAAUCCCUUACCGAUCUCAUCUCCGUCACUCCAGAAUACAAGACAAGAAUAUUCAAAGAAAUAGUCGAAAUGCUCCAUUGGUUCGCAGGAAAGCAGGUUCGAAAUGUUGCAGCAAUUGGGGGAAACAUAAUGACAGGAAGUCCAAUUUCAGAUUUGGUACCGAUACUAAUGGCUUCUGGAACGAAAUUGAACUUCUGCAGCCUCAAGAAUGGACACAGACAAGUUCCUAUAGACCACAACUUCUUCACUGGAUACAGACGGAAUAUCAGCAAGCCCGAGGAGAUCCUUUUGUCCUUAGAAAUUCCAUUCACCCAAAAAUCUCAAUAUUUUGUUGCCUAUAAACAAGCGAAACGGAGGGACGAUGACAUUGCCAUAGUCAACAUGGCAUUGAACGUGAUUUUCAAGAGCGAAACUGAUGAAAUCAUUAGAGCUCACUUGGCAUACGGUGGAAUGGCCCUGACGACGAAGCUCGCAGUGAAAACCUGCGAGCAAAUGUUGGGAAAACGAUGGAAUUCAGAUAUGCUGGAGUUGACCUACCGAUCAUUAGUCGAAGAAUUCCCACUGGAAGACUCUGCACCUGGAGGGAUGAUCCUCUAUCGAAGGUCCCUGACCCUCAGUCUCUUCUUCAAGGGGUUCAUUUACAUCAUGAAACAAUUACAGCAUGAUGUCCCUGGACUUGUACCAAUCCCGAAGGAAUUAUCUUCGGUGGAUGAAACAUAUCGCUAUAAAUCCUUCAAAAGUUCGCAGUACUACCAGAUCACUCCUGAUCACUCAGACCCGAAUGAUUUGAUCGGACGACUGAUCGUCCACUCCAGUGCCUUCAAACAAACCACUGGAGAAGCCUUGUACUGUGAUGAUAUCCCGAGGAUCGACGGAGAACUGUACUUGGCUUUAGUUCUAUCCACAAGGGCGCACGCAAAAAUAGUAGGGAUUGAUGCUUCUAAAGCCCUCCAGCUCGCGGGCGUAAUUAGGUUCUUCUGUGCUGAAAAUAUUCCGAAAGACAGAAAAUGGACGGAGCCCGUUGCCCAGGACGAGGAGGUGUUCGCCAGGGAAGUCAUGACUCAGGGCCAACCCAUUGGUGCAAUCGUGGCUCUAGACCAAGCGACGGCCCAACGUGCAGCAAGACUGGUGGAUGUGGACUAUGAAGAUAUGAAUCCUGUGAUAAUAAGCAUCGAAGAUGCCAUAUCAUCGAAAUCGUUCCUGGAUCCGUCUCCUAUGAGGCUCCAGAAUGGAGAUACAAGUCAAGCUCUUGCGGAAUCUGAUCACAUUAUCGAAGGUGAGUUCAGAAUAGGCGGUCAAGAGCAUUUUUACCUGGAGACGCAGUCAGUUCUAGCUGUUCCUAAAGAGAUCGACGAUCUGGAAAUAACCUGUAGCACUCAGGAUCCGAGCCAGUUGCAAAGAUUAAUUACUCAGAUCCUGGGAAUACCACAAAAUCGAGUAAAAAUCCAGGUGAAACGUAUAGGCGGUGGCUUUGGUGGUAAAGAAACCAAGGCAAAGAUGAUUGCAGUACCAGCGGCACUUGCAGCCUACGAACUCCAGAAGCCUGUUCGAUGUAUGCUCGAUCGGAACGAGGACAUGAUGAUCACCGGGGGAAGGAAUCCCUUCUUGUGUAAAUACCAGGUCGGCUUCACUAAGGAGGGCCUCGUGAAAGGAGCGAAAAUUGAGCUCUUCAUCAACGCUGGAUGCUCCAGGGAUUAUUCUCCCGAAGUGAUGGAGCGGGCAAUCCAUCACUGCGAAAAUGCUUAUAAAUUCCCAGCGAUUGAUGUGACAGGAUGGAUCUGCAAGAGCAAUCUCCCUUCGAACACAGCUUUCAGGGGCUUUGGGGGACCCCAGGGGAUGCUGGUAGCUGAAAACAUUAUCUGGGAUGUAGCCAACUUCUUGGGGCUACCAGUUGACAAAGUCUCGGAAAUGAACUUAUAUCAGGAGAAUGAUGUCACUCAUUACCAUCAGAAGCUCCUCCGGUGUUCCUUGGAUCGCUGCUGGGAACAGUGUAUUCUCCAGUCAGAUUAUAAGGCCAGAAAAGCCAGGGUGGAGGAAUUCAAUCGAGGAAAUCGAUACAGGAAACGAGGGAUUGCUAUUAUACCCACGAAAUUUGGAAUCGGGUACAGUCUGGCAUUUUUGAAUCAAGCUGGAGCACUGGUUCAUGUUUACACUGACGGUUCGGUGCUCAUUACCCAUGGAGGAACUGAAAUGGGCCAGGGGUUACAUACGAAGAUGAUUCAAGUUGCGAGUAGAGUUUUGAGGGUUCAUCCUGAUAAAAUUCAUAUCUCUGAAACAGCAACUGACAAAGUGCCCAAUACAUCAGCGACUGCUGCCAGCAUUUCUUCGGAUUUGAAUGGAAUGGCUGUGCUAAAUGCUUGCAAUACUAUCAUGGAGCGCAUCAGGCACAUUAUCGAUAGCAGUCCUGGGGGGAAUUGGGAGGAAUGGAUCUCGAAGGCAUAUUUUGAGAGGAUUAGUUUGAGUGCAACUGGAUAUUAUCGCACUCCCGACGUUGGGUACGACUUUGAGACGAAUUCUGGGAUUCCUUAUAAUUAUUUUUCGUAUGGUGUCGCCUGCAGUGAAGUGGAAGUCGACUGUCUCACUGGGGAUCAUCAGGUACUGAGAACAGACAUUGUCAUGGAUGUGGGGGACAGUUUAAAUCCCGCCAUUGACAUUGGCCAGGUAGAGGGUGCCUUCACCCAGGGACUGGGAUUAUACACUCUCGAAGAGUUAAUGUAUUCACCUGAUGGUACGAUGUACACACGUGGUCCUGGGUCUUACAAACUCCCCGGUUUCAAUGACAUUCCCCGUGAGUUCAAUGUCUCGUUGCUGCGAGACGCACCCAAUCCACGGGCCAUUUACUCGUCGAAAGCAGUCGGGGAACCCCCACUUUUCCUCGCGGCCUCUGUAUUCUUCGCUAUCAAAAAUGCAAUUCAGGAUGCCCGGAGAGAUGCCAAGGCUACCGAUAAAUUCAGACUGGAUUCACCAGCAACUUCUGCCAGGAUUCGCACGGCCUGCAUCGAUGAAUUCAUUGCUCGAUUUCCAGAUGUUGAUGGCGAUAAGGCGUGGAACAAAGUACCGUAGCAAUUCGAGGAACUGUGGUUCGAGGACUCAGACGUAAAAAUGAUCUAUUCCUUAUCAACAACUCUCUCGCACCAGAAAAGGCAUUAGUGAAAAAAAUUUAUAUUUGUUCUAAACAACGGGAUGAUUUCUUGAUGACGAAAAAGCAAUUGUUCAUAUCAAAUAAAAUUGAAUUAAAGCA